UAUACGGUAUUUGUUUGCAGUUCUAUCGUUAGUAUUACAAACCUUCCUUCUAUAUCUGUCUUAACCAUUUGAGAGUUUGGGGAGAUAGAACACCAGGCUAUUUCUUUGGGAAGUUCCCUCUGAGGCCAGUUCUUCUCCCAGUCGUUUUUGUUUUCAGCCGUAUAGAAUCAAGGGAUAACAUUUCAGGCCAUCUGGAGGCCCCCUGAAGUCUUCUUCCCAAAGGCAUCCAGGGAAGACCUUUUCUCUCCAUGGCCUCGAGUUUUCUUAGGAUUUCCUUGAGCCUAGCUAGUUCUUCUUCUGUUGCUGAAAAUCUUCCACUGGAUGGAGGAAAAAGAGGAGUUGGCAGGAAGGAGACUUUGUGGCUGGAGCUGUGCCUGUCUUUGCAUCUCAUCAUGGGCUCUACCGAGGGAACCAUGUUUGGGUCUGACCCAGUGGCCCUCUAAUAUGGGGAAAGGGUUCAGUUCCUUCCGUGAUUCCUUCCUUCUCUUAUCCUGUCCUUCUGUGUUUCCUCCCUUCCAUCUUUCCUUUCUUCUUUCCUUUUUCGCUUUGUUUGCCUUGAGCCAGAGGUAUGCGGCUUCAUGUCUAACCUUUUGCGUCUUCUUUCUUGACCAGGACGUGAGAGUUCUCUGGAGCCACCCCUGCCGUGAUGGGAAACGAACCAGCUUCUAGUCGAUAUUAAGGCAUUUGGAAACCAAAGUGCAGUAAGGAAACCAAUCCUCUAGGAAAAAGGAUUCCUCUCAAGGGGCUGAUCUUGCUGAAUUCCUACAUUCACUUUGGAUUCUAGAAUAGAACCAUAGAGUCGGAAGAGACUGCGUGAGGCACCCAGUCCAGGCCUCUGCCGUGCAGGAAAAGCGCAAAGUACCCUGGACAGAUGAGCAUGUGGUCUCUGUUUAAAGGAUUCCAAAGGAACCUCCACUACUUUUUGAGGCAGAGAGUUCCACUGCUGAACAACUCUUACAGUCAGGAAGUUCUUAAUGUUCAGGAGGAAUCUACUUUCCUGUAAUUUGAACCCAAUGUUGUGAGUAAUCAGAAACGGAAGAACAAGAGUCAAGUGUCCACAUUGCAAUUAAAUGUACAUAACACUGUUGACAUGGAGGAGAAAGCAUAUAAAUGUAUUGAAUGUAGAAAGAGCUUUAGUCAGCAUGGAAACCUGAAGACACAUAUAAGGACUCACACUGGGGAGAAACCCUAUAACUGCCUGGAGUGUGGACAGGGCUUCACUCAUAGUUCAGGUCUACAUUUACAUCAAAGGACUCACACUGGGGAGAAACCCUAUAACUGCCUGGAGUGUGGACAGAGCUUUGCUCGUAGUUCAGGACUACGUUCACAUCAAAGGACCCACACUGGGGAGAAACCCUAUAACUGCCAGGAGUGUGGACAGAGCUUUGCUCGUAGUUCAGGUCUACAUUCACAUCAAAGGACCCACACUGGGGAGAAACCCUAUAAAUGCCUGGAGUGUGUACAGAGCUUUGCUCAUAGUUCAGGACUACGUAACCAUCAAAGGACUCACACUGGGGAGAAACCCUAUAACUGCCUGGAGUGUGGACAGAGCUUUGCUCGUAGUUCAGGACUACGUUCACAUCAAAGUACUCACACUGGGGAGAAACCCUAUACAUGCCUGGAGUGUGGACAGACCUACACUCAGAAGGAAAACUUACAAAGACAUCAAAGGACUCACACUGGGGAGAAACCCUAUAACUGCCUGGAGUGUGGACAGGGCUUCACUCAGAAGGGACACUUACAUAUACAUCAAAGGACUCACACUGGGGAAAAACCCUAUAAAUGCCUGGAGUGUGGACAGAGCUUCACUCAGAAGGGACACUUACAAAGACAUCAAAGGACUCACACUGGGGAGAAACCCUAUAACUGCCUGGAGUGUGGAAAAGGCUUUGCUCAUAAUUCAACCCUCCAUGCACAUCAAAGGACUCACACUGGGGAGAAACCCUAUAUAUGCCUGGAGUGUGGACAGAGCUUCACUCAGAAUGGACACUUACAAAUACAUCAAAGGACUCACAGUGGGGAGAAACCCUUUAAAUGCCUGGAGUGUGGACAGAGCUUCACUCAGAAGGGAAAUUUACAUACACAUCAAAGGACUCACACUGGGGAGAAACCCUAUAAUUGCCUUGAGUGUGGACAGAGCUUCACUCAUAGUUCAGUUCUACGUCAACAUCAAAAUACUCACACUGGGGAGAAACCCUAUACAUGCCGGGAGUGUGGACAGAGCUUUGCUCAGAGUUCAGGUCUACAUUCACAUCAAAAGACUCACACUGGGGAGAAACCCUAUAACUGCAAGGAGUGUGGACAGAGCUUUGCUCGUAGUUCAGGACUACAUUCACAUCAAAGAACUCACACUGGGGAGAAACCCUAUAAAUGCCUGGAGUGUGGACAUACCUUCAGUCAUAGUGGAUAUUUACGUAAACAUCAAAGGAUUCACACUGAGGAGAAACACUAUACAUGCCGGGAGUGUGGAAAGAGCUUCAUGCAUAGUUCAGGUCUACGUUUACAUCAAAGAACUCACACAGGGGGAAAACCAUAGAAAUGCAUGGAGUGAGGACAGAGUUUUUCACAGAAUAAGAUUAUACAUAGACAUCAUAGAAUUCACCCUGGAGAGAAUGGUGUUAAUUGACACCAGAGUGUCAUUCUAACACGUAGAAAAGCAACUCUUGCAAAUUUUGGAAAUGCAGGCUCAAAGUUGGGACAUUUCAUCACAUGUGGUGUAUUGUAGAAAGAUUGAACUAAAAUACAGUGUUCCCUCACUUAUCCCGGGGUUUGGGUUCCAGAACCACCCGCAAUAAGUGAAAAUCCGCAAAGUAGGGAUGCUAUAUAUUUCUACAUUAUUUUAGUAGUUAUACACUAUUUUAAGUCUUUAUCAAGAAAUCAUGUGUUGAUCAAUCGCCUCCUUCUCCUCUUGUUGCCGCUUGGGCUCCUUUUCUCUCCCUUCGGCAUCUCCUUCCUCCCCUCCUUAGGCUGUACAUUGUAAUUUUUUAUUAUUUAUAGUAAUCUUUUAGAGUUUAUUGAAAAACCGCAAAACUGUGAAUCCUCAAAGAGCGAAGUAGUGAGGGAAAUCUGUACGUUCCAUUCUGGAAGUAAUUAUAUUAUCUAAAGGGAGUAGAAUAAUGAGAGAUAAAAAUUAACAGAUAGAAUGAGGCCUUUAGGCAUGUAUCCCUGUCUGUUAGUUCAGUUGUGUAUGAAGGUAACUGUUUCGCAGGUCUGUUUGUUUCUGAUUUAGUUUUGUAUCUCAUGUAGUAGUUAGUUUCAUGUGUAGUUGAAGCAUUAUAAAUUAUUUCUGCCUUUUUGUAUUGUUGCUUUUAAUCUCUCUCUUUUUAUUUUUUUGCCACAAAGAGGAGGGGGAUUUAUAAGGGACAAAACUGCUGAAACUGUCAACUUGUUUUGUUCUGAACCCAAAGGUUUCCUGUUCUUUGGAUGCCGAGUGUUCAGGGAAGAGUGAGGUCUGUGAGAUCAGUGAGUAGAAAACAUGACACAAUUUAGAUAAUGGUUUGUGACACAACAACAACCCUUGUAGUAGUCCAUGGGAUAUUCUGUAUGCCUUCUUUAAUGUCAAGUAAGAUAUUGUGCUCAGAUACAAAGAUUUAUAAAGGAAACACCACAAUGGAAAUAAAACAGUGGGAAGCGCGGGAAGCAGAUUAUGUGUGCUCACCACACCUCACACAGAUAGGACCACGUGUGCUAUAAACAUGGAAGAUGUGAUACAUUCACACAAGAUACAGGAAUGGGAUGUCUUGGUGUUACUACUGUUCAGCUAAUGUUAUGGUCUGAUGGAAAUAUAAUAGAACCCGAUUGUGAAGACUUGAUGUGAUGACAGGGAUGGAACCUUUUUGGAUCCCACCGCUGCCACCAAAAUGCGAAGGGUUCACCUUCUACCUCUAUGUAUUUCACUUUUCUAUGUUGUCGCUGCCACCACCUUUGAAAGAUGCUUUGCUCAAAUAAUAAGCAACAUUUGAAGAAACAGUAACUUGUUUAUUUAUAGUACAAAGCUUGAUGGUUGCAAGAAUGUUAUAACUUAAGUUGAACGAUGUUACUUCUGUACAGUAAGUGUUGCAAGACUUUUCAAUCGUUUCACUGAGCUUAGUAUGGUAUUAGCUUUAUAAGACUUGUUUCUUUCAGUUAGGAAUACUGUCCUUCUUGAACUUAAUUGAUCUGUACCCGAUCAAACUUGGACUGGGGAGUUUAACUGGUUAACCCUAGUCCUUCUAUGACUUAGGGAUGUAACCUCAGCUCUUUAGUUAUUCCUACUAAAGGCUCAGCAACUUUAAUUUUAGCCCUUCUCCGCUAAAACUCUCUAGCUGCUCAACUUCCUCCCACAAUCUCUUUAUUUCGAUCACACUCCUUUCCCACUGAAUAGAACCAACUGCUCUGCUCAACCGACAAACUCCAACUGCCGAAUUCCAACUGCUAAAUUUUGAAUUCUAAGGCUUCCACCAGCAAGGUGAAGCCACGCCCCUUUUCCUGGCCAUGCCUUAGAGGCUCCCAGCUUCUGUAUAAGAAUAGCUGAAAUAUAUAACCUUAAACAGUCAACCUAAACAUAGCAAUCAUGAAUAAAACACAAUGAUCAUGACAUCUUUACACCGAUAAACAAACAUUCGGUUGAAAUGUAAAUGUAACAUAACCUUUGUUCAAGAUGAUGAAACUGGGAAUUUGGUGUACGUGGUGGAGAAUGGAGACAGUGAAAUAGACUUGAAGUUUAAAAAGUUAUCCAUAAAUAUAAGAUAAGGAAUUAAUUGGGAAAAAUUAAAUAUACUAGUAAAAACGAAUCAGCAGGUGAAGAAACAUUUGGAGAGUUAUGAGGAAAGAAGUAAGAAAGGUUUUGUUAGGAUCCAAGAGGUUGAUGGAGAACGUCAGAGCGUGGCCGCAGAAGGAAGCAGCCCGACAGAACGUCACUGGUGUGAUGAAAUCAACGGAUAUUCACCCAAAGUGGCAGCAGCAUGUUUACAUCUAUUGAUGCACCCAAUAGUAAGGUGAGGGCUACAAGGAGUGACUGAUCGAUUUUCUGUAUUUGAAAACGAAUUGCAAUACUUAGAAACGCAAUUGUGAACUGUGAUGUAUGUUGACUCUAUUGAGAGGGUUGAUGGGCCAAAGUGUCUGCAUUUCUAUUCUAUUUCUAUUCUAUUUCUGAUUGCUUUUAAUUAUGCAUUAUUAAGGUGUCUGCUUCAACUUAUUCUAUUAAAGAUGCAACCUGCCUUCUUCCAGAGGAGAGGCAAGUGUCCGUAUGUCGCCACUAUGUUUCUGGAACAUCUUGUGGUCGGUCGAUGUGGUUAAUGUGGUUAAGCUACUUACUGGAACAUAAGUGAACAACAUGUUUAUUCUACAAAAGGUGUUUAUGAUAAAGCAAGCACGCUUGCAACACUCUGUACUGCUCCAAAGAAAUGAGGAACAUGAGGAUAUAUUGAGCUUCAUUUCAAAUGUUCUUCACAGCGGUCACCUUUGAUUUGUCCAUCCGUCUAAACUGCAGUAGAAUAAAGGUACUUGUUUUAAACUC